AUGCCUUCUAGAAGGGCUCAAGUUGGCCACGGCCUGGCCAAAGUCCUGGGCAUCAAACUCGACUACCGCCAUGAAGUCGAAGCUGAGAAGAUUACCAGAGGAGAAUCUGUCUUUUCCGUCUCCAGUGCCGACACCUUUGUCGAAGCUGAGCCUACAGUCUGGGAGUGGUUCAGGGAAGUCACUCCAAGUGGUAACGACAUGGUCACUUAUGUCCACAACCUUUUCCCCUUCACCCGCUGGAUCGGUCGUUACAACCUUCAGUGGCUUAGUGGUGACUUGGUCGCUGGUAUUACCAUCGGUGCUGUCGUCGUCCCUCAAGGUAUGGCUUACGCCAAACUUGCCGAGCUCCCAGUAGAGUACGGUCUGUACUCGUCUUUCAUGGGUGUAUUGAUCUACUGGUUCUUCGCUACUUCCAAAGAUAUCACCAUCGGUCCCGUCGCCGUCAUGUCUACCAUCGUUGGUAACAUCGUGAUUGACGCUCGAAAACACCAUCCGAAUCUCGAGCCUCAUGUCAUUGCAUCUGCACUCUCAAUCAUUGUUGGUGCGAUCGUCUGCUUCUUGGGUCUCGUCCGCCUCGGUUGGCUUGUCGACUUCAUUUCUCUCACCUCAAUUUCAGCAUUCAUGACCGGAUCUGCCAUCAAUAUUUGUGUCGGCCAAAUCCCUACUUUGAUGGGCAUCACUGGCUUCUCGACUCGUGAUUCGACAUAUCUUGUUGUUAUCCACAUCCUUGAGCAUCUCGGAAGAACAAAACUGGAUGCCGCAAUCGGUCUCACUGCUCUCUUGUUCCUCUACCUCUUGAGGUUCGGUUUCCAAUACGCUGGAAACAGAUUCCCUAAGCACCGCAGACUUUUGUUCUUCUGCUCGACUCUGCGUACCGUCUUCAUCAUUCUUCUUUACACUCUCAUCAGUUGGUUGGUGAACCGCAAUAUCCCUGGCAUCCACCAGCAUAACAGCCGGGCGAAGUUCAAGCUUCUGGGAACUGUUCCCCGUGGCUUCAAGCAUGCUGCUGUGCCUGAUGUCACUAUUCCGAUCAUCAAGACCUUCGCUAGCCAGAUUCCCGUCUCGGUCAUUGUCUUGCUUAUUGAACACAUCUCCAUCGCAAAGUCUUUUGGCAGAGUCAACAACUACACUAUCGACCCUUCACAAGAGCUUGUUGCCAUUGGUGUUGCAAACCUUCUCGGACCUUUCCUCGGCGGCUACCCUGUGACCGGUUCUUUCUCGCGUACUGCUAUCAAGUCCAAGGCAGGCGUCCGUACACCUUUUGCUGGAGUCAUCACCGCCGUCAUUGUCCUGUUGGCCAUCUAUGCCUUGCCAGCAGUCUUCUUCUACAUUCCUAAUGCCGUCCUUUCAGCUGUCAUUAUUCAUGCUGUCGGUGAUCUUAUUACCCCUCCCAACACUGUGUACCAGUUCUGGAGAAUUUCUCCACUUGAGGUUCUAAUCUUCUUCGCUGGUGUUCUCGUCACCGUUUUCUCCUCGAUUGAGAACGGCAUCUACACCACCAUCUGUGUGUCUGUCGCGCUCCUCCUCUUCCGUGUUGUCAAAGCUCGCGGUCGUUUCCUUGGAAAGGUUCAGGUUCACUCAGUCAUCGGAGAUCAUCUUCUUGAAGACAAGGACAGACCUGCCAGCCACUAUGAUCACGAGAAGGCAGACCGCAACAUCUUCCUGCCCGUCGAGCACGAUGAUGGUUCCAACCCCAUGAUCGAGACUGAGUCUCCUUACCCUGGAGUCUUCAUCUACAGGUUCUCUGAGGGAUACAACUACCCCAAUGCCAAUCACUACCUGGACUACAUGGUAUCUACGAUCUUCAAGCAAACUCGCCGCACCGACCCCAACCCAUACAACAGACCUGGAGACCGUCCCUGGAAUGACCCUGGCCCGCGUCGUGGUAAGGCUGUUGUUGUUGAAGAGGAUAAGCCAACUCUCAAGGCUGUCAUUCUGGACUUCUCAUCCGUAAACAAUGUCGAUGUUACUUCUGUACAACACCUCAUCGAUGUUCGCAACCAGCUCGAUCGUUACACCAACCCACAGAAGGUUCAAUGGCACUUUGCUCAUAUCAACAACCGCUGGACUCGACGAGCUCUUGCAGCUGCUGGCUUCGGUUACCCUACUGAAGAGGGUGAAGAAUACCAACGCUGGAAGCCUAUCUUCAGUGUUGCUGAACUCGGUGGUUCAUCGAGUGCUGCUGCUGACGCUCAAUAUGAGAUCAACCACGCCGAGCACAAGAAGCACCGCGACCUUGAGAUCGGUCGUUCGCAAAGCAGAGAGGUUCACGGCGAAAGCAGUGAAACUUCUAGCGAUAUCAACCAAACCAUCCAGAACAGCAAGGCAUACGGCGCGCAAGCCAACCAGAAGAAGAUUGUUGUGCACGGUCUCAACAGACCUUUCUUCCACAUUGAUCUGACUAGUGCUCUGCAGAGCGCGAUUGCCAACAUCCACGAUCCCGCAGCUACUGCCGAUGUUGUCCAGGAUAAGAUUCACUGA